AUGGACAUCAAGAAGAGCUACGAAUACUGGCAAGAACUCGUGAGCAAGAACAUGAAACUGAGACUCAAGCCGAGGCGAGCCUCGGAUGCGGGGGGAGGCGCUGAAAUUUCGAACGACCAGCUGCGAGAGCGUGUGCCUCCAUACCGUGAGCCCACUUUAAGAGACCUUAUGACCAGCGAGGAGCUUGAACUUUUCUCCAAGCCCGAGUUGCAAUCGUUCCGUCAAAAAGUGAGCGAAAAGCUCGCGUUACAAAGGGGGCUACAACUAAAGGACUCUGAUGUAGACAAACUCCUUGAGUCCUGUUUGGCGGAUCUGCAGUUCAGCCAAGGAUUCGACCCAUAUGGCAACGAAGAUGAAGUUGGGCUUCACGAUGGCAAUUCGUGUACCCAGGACUUGGCUUUGAACACGUACGAGGGGCCGGGGGAAUCUGAUGAAGAUGUCCUUGCGGACGACUAUCAUAUGAUGGGACCGUCCAGACACCGCCACUUCGAAGUAGAGCUAAGCGAUGGGCCUCCAGGUAUUGAGCCGGAUCCGAACGAGCCUUCGUGUGAAUUCACUUUUGAGUACGACCGCGAUGGGAAGUUGAUACCCACGUCUAACAACAUAGAAGAGAAACUCCGGCUAAUGAAUUUGCAGUCCCAGAUUACCAACGAGGCACUUUCACAAGCCCUGGCCCUGGCCAUGGCCAUGGCUGCGGGCGGCAAAAAGAAGAAAAAACAUAACAAGAAGAAGAAGAAAGCGAAAGGCGAGGAGGACCACGGCACCUGUGUCGAGACAAGGUCUGACUUGUGCUUGUUUUGUCAAUACGAGACGUUCUACGGUGUGAAGCCACUUUACUCGAUGAGAAAACUGGACUAUACGCACAAGUGGGAGAUGGAGCGGAGAAUGAAAUUUCGUGAAAAGCUAGGGGCGGCAAAGCUGUAUAAGGCCAAGCAUGAGCACAGCCGAGACGACGCCGUGUUGGUGGACGACCUGGAGGACAGUCAUGGGACAGUUGAAGACGAAUGA